UACAAGAGUUUACUCGUUUCUGACGACGCUACCAGAGAGCAAACAUGGCAGAAGAAGCACCAGCAGCCGCCGCCGGACCGUCCAAGGCUCAGGCCAAGCCCGCGAAGAAGAGGACAGCGGCUUCCAAAGCGAAGAAGACUUCUCCCAACAUCGCCGAUGCGAUCAUGAAAGCGAUGAAGAACAGCGGGGACCGCAAAGGGACAUCCAUGACAAGCAUCAAGAAAGCUGUUGCGGCGUUGGGAGUCGAUUUGGAGAAGAGCAACAAACGCGUCAAUACCACGCUGUGCAGACUGGUGGCGACGGGAGAGCUGAUCCAGGUCAAAGGUGCCGGAGCUUCCGGCUCCUUCAAGCUGCCAAAGGCGGCCGAACCCAAGGCAAAGGGCGCCAAGAAAGUUGCCAAACGUUCUGCAGUGAAAAAGACCGCCGCCAAGAAGUCAACAGUCACGAAGAAAGCUGCCGCUAAACCAAGGAAGGCGACAUCACCCAAGAAAAAGGCGAAGGCACCUGCCAAAAGUCCGAAGAAGGCUGCUAAGAAAGCACCGGCUAAGAAGUCCCCUGCCAAGAAGCCCGCCGCCAAGAAGGCCCCUGCAAAGAGGGCUGCCCCUAAGAAAACACCAACCAAGAGAACGGCGCCCAAGAAGACUGGAGCUAGAAAGACCAAGAAGUAAAUGAGCUAAAUUACUGGCUUCAAUUUAUUUCAACCAAAGGCUCUUUUAAGAGCCACCACAUAUUCCAUUCAAGAGUAUUUUCCUUAAUCCAGUUUUAUAUCAUUAAUACAUAUUUCUAAAGUGGGUAUCAAUAAUGCACUAGCAAACCUGAGUAUGAAACAUUUUAGAAUAAUUUACAAGAUAAAUGCCUGGCUGGCAACUUGAUAAUGAUGUACCUUGUCAUUUAAUAAUAGUGUUGCUGCCAAACAUUUUUUUGUACAUAGAUACAAUGCAAUGGUAAAAUAAUGCAAAUAAAAAAUUCCUUAAUUA